CAACAGUCCCCGAGACGCCCACGACUUUCAUUCCAACAUGAGCGGUCAUGUAGUAACCCAGAGCGAUACGACCAAGCCCGAGCAGGUAAUAAUGGUUCGCGGGAUCGAGUACCCGGAGUCGGAGAAGCCAGAGCCAGAACCUACGGGGUGCUGCGGGCAACCAAAACUGUCGACAAUUCUGUCGAGCAGACCGGAUCUAGGCCAACGAGAGGUUCACACCACCACAAGCAAUGGUGAAAAAAUGCUCGUGAGACUAAACAUACACUUGGAAGGCGGCCAAGGAUGCUUCGGGCCGGUUCCGAUGCUUAAACUCGCCGGAGACAGGGUCACUGUACCUCCCGCGCUUGAACAACUCGGGAUGACCUGGGAUGAGUAUCACGAAAUAUUUGUUCGCCAACUUUCAGAGAUCGAAGACAGACAUUUUCCGGAGGGAUGCUGCAAUGCAUGCCCUAAAGCAUUCCCUAAAUACCUUUGCUGCCUUGUAACUAGCCUGGCCACUCUCGGCUGUACUUUGCAUUGGUUCAUGCGAAGGGGAUUGGAGCAAGCAAAACGGCUUCUUCUACCGUUCGACGCGGAUCUCCGCGAGUGGCAAACCAACGCAAACGCGACAUUACGCCAAAAGUAUCCUAUUCACAUAAAGACGCAGUCACACUCUUGGAUUGUACCACAAGGUGAGAGUGCAAAACGGUGCUUUCGGCGCUGGAUCGCCGUUGCUCUCAACGAAGAAGAUGCGGCGCAGUUGAUGUCGGAGCCACAUCUUUACGGCUUGGUUGAAGACGGUAAACCACCCCCCUGCGGCGGCGGCCCCACACAACUGAACGAGAACAUCUUCUGUGUGCAUCCUUAUCAGCAACUUCGUAGCGUUCACCUGUGAAAUGAAAGUGGCUAAAAACUACCUUCGUACCUUCAAAGUUUGAUCGAAGACUCAAGAUGUUAAAGGAGCUUAAAGAAAUAACCAAGCAAGUUGUACAGAAAGUUUAUUCAAUGUGAUCGCAAGCCGGAUGCAUUUUCGAUUGCGUUGAGCAAAUAUGAUCCUGCUAAAGGUUUUUUUUUGGAUGAUAAAUAUUUGUUUUCCUCUAAAGUCGCCAGAGAAGCUUGUAUUUUGCGAGGGGACAAAACCUUAGCUGCUUUGUAGAUGUUCAACACGAAUGCGGAUAUUCGCGGGGCU